AUGGCGAAGAAACGCGUUCCUGAUUGGCUCAACAGUCCUAUCUGGUCCUCCCCCUCCGAACACAACCGCUUUUCCGCCGCUUUUGACCCACCGGAACCUCCCUCUCCACCCCCUGUCACUGUCGAAGAAGAUCCUCCUUUAAUUCAACAUCGUACAAAUCACAAUGGUAUUGCCACUUCAUCUCCCUCUUCUUCUUCAUCCUCUGCUUCUACUUCCUCCGCCGAUGACAUGUCCAUCUCUCGCCGGGCCCAGUGCCAGGCUCAAUUGUUAGCCGAGUUAUCUAGGAAGGUCAUAGAUAUGCGGGAAUUGAGGAGAAUUGCUUCUCAAGGGAUACCUGAUUUUCCUGGUUUACGUUCUACUGUCUGGAAGCUUCUGCUAGGUUAUCUACCACCUGAUCAUGCCCUUUGGUCCUCUGAAUUGGCAAAGAAGAGGUCACAAUACAAACGUUUCAAACAAGACAUUCUUAUCAAUCCUUCAGAAAUCACGAGGAGGAUGUGGGACUCUGCUGAUUAUGAUGCCGACGAAGUCAAAUGUGAGACCAGGUGCAUGCUUUCUAGAUCACAAAUCACUCACGGGGAACAUCCUUUGAGUCUUGGCAAGACCAGCAUUUGGAAUAAGUUUUUCCAGGUACUAGUCUAUGCAAACUUUUUUCUAUAUUUGAAAGCUACCCAUUUUCCCCCUCUGUGUGAACUGUGUUUAUGCUUCUUUGCACCAUUGUCUUUAUCAUAA